UGGCAUGUUCACUGACAUUUUACACUUUUGUCAAUUCCCAGCUUAGGCAAGAAGAGCAUGAGGAGGAUGAACCAGAGCAGUGUGUCUGAGUUCCUAUUUCUGGGGCUCCCUAUAUGGCCAAAGCAGCAGGGUGUGUUCUUUGCCCUUUUCCUAGGCGUGUACCUGACCACAGUGCUGGGGAACCUGCUCAUCAUCCUGCUCAUCAGGCUGGACCCUCGCCUCCACACCCCCAUGUACUUCUUCCUCAGCCACUUGGCCCUCACAGAUGUCUCCUUUUCAUCUGUCACUGUCCCAAAAAUGCUGAUGGACAUGCACACUGAGUAUAAAUCAAUCGGCUAUUCGAGCUGUAUAGCACAGAUGUAUUUUUUCAUAUUUUUUACUGAUCUAGAAAAUUUCCUUCUUACCUCAAUGGCAUAUGAUCGGUAUGUGGCCAUCUGUCAUCCUCUCCAUUACACCACCAUCAUGAGAGAAGGACUGUGUACCUUACUCAUCACUGUAUCUUGGAUUCUGUCCUGUGCCAAUGCGCUUGGUCACACCCUCCUCCUGGCCCAGCUGUCCUUUUGUGAUGACAAUACCAUUGACCACUUCUUCUGUGACCUUAGUGCCCUGCUCAAACUCUCCUGCUCAGACACCUCCCUCAAUGAGCUGGUCAUUUUCACAGUGGGAUUGGCAGUCAUCAUCCUCCCACUAACAUGCAUCUUGGUCUCUUAUGGCCAUAUUGGGGCCACCAUCCUCAAGGUUCCAUCCACCAAGGGCAUCUGCAAAGCCUUGUCCACAUGUGGCUCCCACCUCUCUGUGGUUUCUCUCUAUUAUGGAACAAUUAUUGGGUUGUAUUUUGUCCCCUCAUCCAGCACCUCCAGUGACAAGGACAUAAUUGCCUCUGUUAUGUACACAGUGGUCACCCCAUUGCUGAACCCAUUCAUUUACAGCCUAAGAAACAGGGACAUGAAGGGGGCCCUGAAGAAACUCUUCCACAAGGCAGCAGUCUUGUCUCAAUGAUGUUUGCUCAUCUUUAUAACAGAUAUAGGUAGUCACAUUACCCCAUAUCCUGCAUGUCAUAUCUUGAGCCCAGCCUGGAAUGAAUACUCAGUAAAUAUUUGGUAUCUUGAAUUGCAACUUAUUAUGGUUAUUCUUUCUUUUCCUAAAAACACUUUAGUAUAAAUUUUGAAUUCUGAGUUGACCUUAUUGAUUACAGGUCUUGUCUACAACAUUGAGAAAUUACAUACCUGGGGGUACUUAUGUCUCUCUUCUUAUAUCACAGGAAUGUAUUAGUUGUUGUAAAACAUUUUCAUUGAGGCAAAAUUGCUCUAUAAAUGUAGUAUGCCUUUAAUGUGUUCAGGUUAGUAUUUUGAUAUGUAUACAUUGUGAAAUAACCUCCAUAAUCAAAUGAAUUAAUAUAUUCUUCAUCUCCACUUAGUUAUCAUUUUAAUUUAUUUGUGUGUGAUGUGAGAAAAUUUAAGAUCCACUGUACUAUUGGAUUAAAUAUCAAGUGUACAAUACAGUCUGGUUCACUAUAGUCAUUGUGCUGUACAUUAUACCUCAGAAGAACUCUUUGGAACAUUGUCCAUUAUGCUGGUGAAAUAAGUCAAACUCAAAACAAGAAAAUUACUCCAUGAUCUCAUUUUAUGUGGAAACUGCAAUAACCAAUUCAUAGAGCAGAAGAUAGGAUAGUGGUUGCUAGGGGUUGGGAGGAGUAAAUGUGUGUCCCUAUGGAUGUGUGGAAACUCCAGGCUGACCAGGCUCUGGUGCUAUAGAAAAGUGGCAGUGCUUGGACUUGGCAAAUCAUGUAUUUUCCUCUCCUUGCUCUCCAUUCACAUUCAUUUCAUGUUUUGGGUUGCUGGUGGUGAUGAUGGUGGGUCAGGAGAAGAAAGUGUAGAGCAUGCUUUAUUUCUCCAGGAAAAAAUCCAUAUCUAUGAGUUCAGCUCCUCCACUCAGGGACUCAAGUCUUCUGGAUUUUAGAAAUGUGGAUCACUCUAAGACACUGCUGUUCUCUACACUCAGCUGUUCACUCUCAGACUAGCCAUCUCAGGGGUGUUCUAACUGCAUGCAUGAGUUUGAACAAAAUUCCCACUCAGUAAAAACUGAGAAUAAGAAAGACAAUGAAAGUACCCAUGGUAUGGAGGCUUCUUUUGCCCCAUUGAAUUUUGUGUCUGUCUCAUUCAAUGUCUUCAUUAUGAAUCUCUGUGAAAAUAAUUUCCAUUCAGCUUCAUGAUACGAGUUUUAUGUUAUAAGCCUAAUAAUCUCUUUUCUUCUACAUCUAUUGAAAGACACAUAGUUUUCCUUCUUCAGCCUAUAUUUAUUUAAAGAGGAAUAUGAUCAAAACUGCUUCUGUGGCUCAGCACCAUGUA